CCGAGGAGCGCGCGCCAUGCAGGCCAGCGGGUACCCGGCCGCCGCCGCCCACGGCCAGGCCAGCGCCCCAGUCCAAGUGUCUGUUAUCCUCCCGGUCCAUGACGCUGAACUGUGGCUGGACGAGUGCUUGGGGUCUGUUUUGCAGCAGGACUUCGAAGGCUCCAUGGAGCUUUCCAUUUUUAAUGAUGCCAGUAAGGACAAGUCCAUGACUAUCAUUGAAAAAUGGAAAGAGGAGCUGGAAGGUUCCGGCAUCCUCGUGGUCAUUGGAGGGCACGAUUCUCCUUCUCCCCGAGGAGUCGGAUAUUCUAAAAAUCAAGCAAUAGCACAGAGCUCAGGGUCUUACCUUUGCUUUUUGGAUUCGGACGACGUGAUGAUGCCUCAGAGGGUGAGGCUGCAACACGCAGCUGCUGUGCGACACCCAACAAGUAUUAUCGGUUGCCAAGUGAGGAGGGAGCCCCCCAACUCCACUGAGCGAUACACGCGGUGGAUCAACCAGCUGGCGCCCGACCAGCUGCUCACCCAGGUGUUCACCUCCAAUGGCCCCACCGUGAUCAUGCCCACCUGGUUCUGCUCCCGAGCCUGGUUCUCCCACGUGGGCCCAUUUGACGAGGGCGGGCGGGGUGUCCCCGAGGACCUGCUGUUCUUCCACGAACACCUGAGGAAGGGCGGCGGGCUCGUCCGCGUGGACCAGAGCCUCCUCCUCUACCGCUACCACCCCGGCGCGGCCACACACUCCGUCCUCGAGACCACCAUCUGGACCCACCGCGUCCGCUUCCUGGAAGAGUGGGCCCUGCCCCACUGGGCAACCUUCACCAUCUGGAACGCGGGCCGGCAGGGCCGCCGGCUCUACCGCAGCCUGACAGCAGGGUCACGGUGCAAGGUGGGGCCCACCCCUUGUCCCACCCCUCCCCCAUCCAGCAGCACUGCCCCCACUGCCCCUGAGGCUGGCGUCCUGGGUCCUCCCCAGGUGGUCGCCUUCUGUGACGUGGACGAGAACAAGAUCAAGAAGGGCUUCUACUGCUACGAGGACUCUCAGGAAAGGCCCAAGCCCCGGGUCCCGGUCCUGCACUUCCGAGCCGCACAGCCACCCUUUGUCAUCUGCGUGAAGCUGGACCUCACAGGGGGCGCAUUUGAAGACAAUCUGAGGUCACUGAACCUGCAGGAGGGCCGGGAUUUCCUUCACUUCAGCUGACGGACCCAUGGCAGCUUCUCCCAGAAUGACAGCUGUACUAGCUUCAGUCCAGCCAAGGCGAAUUGUUUUCUCUCAGCUCGAUGAGGAUCUCAUUCCAGUGUUAAGUCCACUGUUGCCGCUCAAGAGGGGCAGCUGCCCGGAGCACCCAGUCUCCCAGCAGUUCCGCUGCAACAUGCCCAGACGUGAGCUUGUCCUGUUUGGGAUCUUCUAUCACCAAGUGUGUGGCACCGUCUCCCGAGACCCCAGGUGCACACAGGGCAGGUUCUCUGGUGUCUCUUGACUUUGUUUUCAUAUUUUCCAGUUGUUUUUCUGGAUAAAAUUCCUUCAGAUCUUCCAGUUCCCCAGUUCUCUCUUCAGCCAUGUCUAGAUGGUUGUUUAAUUCAUCCAUUGAGCCUUUUUUUCCCCUAAUUUCCUCUUGAUAAUUUCUAACCCUUUUCAAAACUGAAUUCAUUUUAUAUUUUGUGUCUUCUGGGGUCUGAUUUUAUUAAGGUCUUGCUAAUGGUGCCCUGUUUCUUUGUGCAUUUUGUGCAAUUUGGGGAUGUGAGCUUAUGUUCUUCUCUCUGUGGGGCUCAGCCUGCAUCCUUCCAGAGAGGGUUUUGUUUGCCUCCUCUGCCCAGUGUCUGUCAGCACCGCUGGUCGGGGGCCAGCGUGAUCGCAUUUCCCUCCACCAGCACCAGGCAGAGACCGAGACAGGUGUGCUCCUGUGGGUACCUACUUCUCACUCUCCUUGCUGCUGAGGGUACAGCUAUUUAGGGCCCCAGCUGUGUGUGGGGUCUUCCAACUAGAUUUGGCCCUGGGCCUUACGCUGUCACAUCCACCCUUCCCAACCAGCCUCCAGGGCUCAGCAGACAUGGAUCCUGGGGACGCCAGGGACCUGCUCACUGGGAUGGUUCACUCUGUGUCUGGGACAUGGCCGUAUGCUCACGGCCACACCGCUCCCCUCACAUAUCCUGUUCCAGGCACGAGGCUUCUUGCUGCUCUUCAGACCCACCCACCUCACUCCCACUGGGGCCACAGGUGCCCUUCUCUGCCCCUUUCGGGGGGGACUCCUGACCACUCCCUCUACCAGGUGGCAGCCCAGCCCGACUUGCUUCAGACCACUGCUUUCCACGAUGUCCACCUCUGCUGUUGUCUGCUUCUGGCCACGUCGUCAGUCCUGAGGGGGGACUCCCCACAAAUCCGUCACCUGGACCCAGGUGGGCUCCAAAUGAAGGAGGAGGUUCCCAGCCACCAGGCGCCUGAUGAGAGCAGGUGGUGACCAGUAGGAUCUGACACGGCUGAAGGUGCGCAGGGGUGGCUGGACACUGCCGGCUUUGUUGGUUUUCCUCGGGUUGCAAAGUUAGACCAGCAAUGAAAGAAGAAUUGCUUCAUGAUACAGUAUCAUCAAUCAACGUGGUAAACUGGCCUGUCUCCAUGUCUCAGAGACCAUGUCUCUGGAAUCUUGGUGGUUUUUUAAAUUAUGCUAAAAACAGUUCAUUUUAUUCCUUCUCAAAAGCUCCUUGCUUGGUUUUCUCAGCCAAGGUCUAGGUGCUGCUCUGUGGACCCCGUCUGCUGCAAGGAUACAAGUGGGGCCUCCUGUGGCCGCCCUGCAGGAGAGCCUUCCAACCAGCGUGGCCUCAUGUGGCCUGAGGCCGCCUGGCCAUCCAGGACCCCUCACCACAUGACAACGUCCACCAGCUACGGGGCCUCUGGCUAUUCUUCCAUUGAAAAUGGAAAGCUCUCUACUUAUUUUCAAGAGGAGACAGACAUGUUUUAAGGCUUAAAUGAAAUUAAAGUUAAAACCUCACGCAAGACUAACAUGGGCUUCCACUCUCAGGGAAGGUCAGCGAUCCUGGCAUGUCCAGUGGCUCAACUGGAGCAGGAGAAACUCACCUGGCAAAGGCAGCAGGAAAACACGUCUCAGGAUUGUACCAACAACAAACACCUACCAUGGCCUCCAGCCGUGGACCCGUGGGCGCACACGUCCCAGGAGGGGCAGUCUGUCCCGUGGCCCAGGUGCAGGAGCACUGUCCUGGGCCCAUGGCCGGACGACUUCACCUCAGAUGUUCUACCCGCCCGUCCACAUCUGUCCUGCAGCCAGACCUCAACCCGUGAAGCAGCAGGUGGAAGGGUGGGGAUGGCCCAGGAACCUGCCACACAAAGGCUCCCGUAGUAGGUGGCCUGACCCCUCAGCACUGAGACUGGCCACGCAGGUGCUCAAGUGGGGAACCUUUACACACAUCGGCCUCACUGGCCCCUGGACAGGCCAGCAUGAGUGCCAGCCCAUGUGGACAAAAGCAGCCUGUCUUUGCUUCAGAAGUGGACAAAUGAAAAAAACCCAUUCUGGACAAAUGAAAAAAAAGUUCAGACAAUGUGGUUCUUCUCCCGUCACCAGAAAACCGCUCCCUGGAGGCCACACGUCGGCAGAUCUGUGAAGCCACUGACCGUGCCCUGCUUCCGUCGAGGGUUUAAGCUGCCGUCACAAGUCCCCUGUGUGGCUGGAACUGGUCCUGGUGGGAUUCUGAGAACACGGGUCAGCUCUUUCUGACUGAAUGAAAUCGCACGAGGGCGGGUGACGUGCGUGCGACGGCCACGCACGCUGGGCACUAGAACGGGGUGAGGAGGGAAGACGGCCCCCACCCGCGCUGCAAAAGCGACCCAGAGGCGGCGCUCGACGGUACCCACCCCCACCCCGAGGCAUGGUGCCUUCUCUGCCCCUGCAGCAUCUGACGUGUAACGUGAGUCGCUCAGAGCUUGUCAGCGGCUACGAGCAAGCCCAACAAGGCCAUGGUGGACGUGGCGACAGGACAGCCCACGGGAGGCUGCAACUGGCCUGUCCCGGGCCUGUCCCCCCUGGGGUCACCUCUCCCAGCGGGUCUCGGUGCAGGAG